AUGAUAUCCAGAGCCGAGCAGAUCAACACGCUACGUGCCGAGAAUGAAGCCAAAGUCCUUGCCAAGGAAGAGUUGCAUAAAAAGCAGUGGCAGGCAGUUCGUGCUACUCAAGCACGGAACGCCUUCCUGAAGGACAAGGCGAGGCAGCUGAGGGAGGCCUCGAAGGGUGCUGUGUUGGAAAGUAAGCGGCAUCUUGUACGGGAAGGUAGAGAGGAACAGAUGAAGUUACAACAACAGAAGCAGGAGAAGUGGAUCAGGGAUAUAGGGCUCAAUACGAGCAGGGCGAAGGUGAUCAGGAGUCAGAGGGAUAACGCGAGGAAGAGAAUGGAAGAGGAAAAGCUUCGCAAGUUGGAGAACACUCGAAUAGAAUAUGAGAAUAAGGUGCAACAGGAGGAGAGUAUUCGAGCCCGUACCGAGGCGUUGGUAUCGGCUAUGGAGAAGGAGGAGAUGGAACUUAUUCAAGUGGGAUAG